GGGCCCGCCCCCCGCCGCCAUCUUGGUCGUGGAGGAGCGGGCUGCACGCGUGAGUAAAUAAGCGCGAGCCGGGAGCGGACGGCGGGCCCCGGGGCGGCGAGCUGCGGAGCGGACUUCCCGCGUGGGGGGUGAGGAGCGGGAGGCUCGGCUCGGCCCGGCCGGCGCCGCCUCUGCCCCCUCGCGGCCGUGCUGCCUGGGAAGCGGCGGCGGGAGCCGGGCAGGCGGGAGGCCGGCCUGCGAGCGCGCGGCCCGGCGUGCAGGUGAGGGCGCCGCGCGGGCCGUGCCACCGGUUACUGGGUGUCUUCCGGCCUCGCUGCAGGGUGGCGGCCGACAUGACGGCCCCAGGUCGCAGCCCCCUGGAGCCGCUUCUGGAGACUUGGGAAGACCCCUCGGUGCCUCCGGGAGAGCAGACGGACGCCUACCUAACUCUGACCAGUCGUAUGACUGGAGAAGAAGGAAAAGAAGUCAUUGCAGAAAUCGAGAAAAACCUUUCUCGGCUGUACACGGUUUUAAAGGCUCACAUUUCCAGUCAGAACUCAGAACUGAGCAGUGCUGCUUUGCAAGCCUUGGGAUUUUGUUUAUAUAAUCCCAGAAUUACCUCAGGAUUGUCAGAGGCAAAUAUUCAAGAACUGCUUUUAACCUUGAAUGGUAUCAUUAAGAGUUCAGACAAAAAUGUGUGUACCAGGGCACUGUGGGUAAUAUCCAAACAGACGUUUCCUGCUGAACUUGUUAGCAAAAUGGUAUCCAGUAUUAUUGAUUCAUUGGAAGUGAUACUAAGUAAAGGAGAGAUACAUUCUGCUGUUGUUGAUUUUGAAGCAUUAAAUGUUAUUAUAAGGCUAAUUGAACAAGCCCCAGUUCAAAUGGGAGAAGAGUCUGUGAGGUGGGCCAAAUUGGUCAUACCAUUAGUUGUUCACUCAGCACAAAAAGUACAUUUGCGGGGAGCCACUGCUCUAGAGAUGGGGAUGCCAUUGCUGCUUCAGAAACAACAAGAAAUAGCCUUGAUUACAGAGCACCUUAUGACUACUAAAUUAAUCUCAGAACUCCAAAAACUAUUUAAGAAUAAAAAUGAGACUUAUGUGUUAAAACUAUGGCCUUUGUUUGUCAAACUUCUUGGAAAGACCUUGCACCGAAGUGGGAGUUUCAUCAACUCUUUGUUACAGCUGGAAGAACUGGGCUUCCGUAGUGGAACACCCAUGAUUAAAAAAAUCGCUUUCAUUGCUUGGAAAAGCUUAAUAGAUAAUUUUGCUUUAAACCCAGAUAUACUUUGUAGUGCAAAAAGACUGAAGUUGUUAAUGCAACCCUUGAGUUCCAUCCAUGUGAGAACAGAAACUUUAGCAUUAACAAAACUAGAAGUCUGGUGGUAUUUACUGAUGAGACUUGGACCUCAGCUCCCUGCCAAUUUUGAACAGGUGUGCGUGCCACUGAUUCAGAGUACAAUAAGUGUUGAUAGUAUUCCUUCACCUCAAGGCAAUUCAUCUCGAGGGUCUGCUUCUCCAGGCUUAAGUCCACUGACUCCGGGACAUAAAGGUGCUUCUCCUUAUGGAAGUCCCCGUGGGAACCUGAGUUCAAAUACAGGUGGAAUGGCUGCAAUCCCUUCUAUUCAGCUUUUGGGACUGGAAAUGAUGCUUCAUUUUUUGUUGGGCCCAGAAGUUUUGAGUUUUGCCAAGCAACACAAGAUUGUAUUGAGUUUAGAGCCACUGGAACACCCGCUAAUCAGCAGCCCUUCUUUCUUCUCCAAGUAUGCGCAUACACUUAUCACUGCUGUUCAUGAUAGCUUUGUCUCAGUUGGAAAGGAUGCCUCAGAUGCAGUAGUCAGUGCUAUCUGGAAGGAGCUAAUUAGCUUGGUGAAGUCAGUUACUGAAGCAGGAAACAGAAAAGAAAAAUCAGGUUCUGAAGUUUUGACCCUUCUACUAAAAUCUUUGGAAAACAUAGUGAAGUCAGAAGUAUUUCCUGUAUCAAAAACACUGGUUCUCAUGGAAAUUACAGUUAAAGGACUUCCUCCGAAAGUACUAGGUUCACCAGCAUAUCAGGGAACUCCAGCAUUGUUUUUAAUCCAGUUAAUUUUCAACAACAAUCUUUUAGAAUGUGGUGUAGAAGAUGAGAAGUUUUUUCUCAAUCUAGAAACACUUGUAGGCUGUGUACUUUCUGGUCCAACAUCACCACUGGCUUUUAGUGAUUCUGUUCUAACUGUGAUUAAUCAGAAUGCAAAGCAGUUGGUAAACAAGGAGCAUCUCUGGAGAAUGUGGAGUAUGAUAGUCAGUCCACUGACUGAUGUGAUUCACCAGACCAAUGAAGUGAAUCAAGGCGAUGCCUUAGAACAUAAUUUUAGUGCCAUCUAUGGUGCAUUGACUUUACCAAUAAACCAUAUUUUUUCAGCUCAGACAUUUCCCACGGGUACCAUGAAAGCUUUACUUAAAACUUGGUCAGAAUUGUAUAGAGCAUUUACUCGCUGUGCUUCUUUGGUGGCAACAGCAGAAGAGAAUCUGUGCUGUGAAGAACUUUCUUCUAAAAUAAUGUGCAGUUUGGAAGAUGAAGUCCUUUCAGAUUUGCUAUUCUUGGACAGGAUCUCUCAUAUUAUUAUUGUAAUGGUUGAUUGUAUCGACUUUUCACCAUAUAAUAAGAAAUACCAGCCAAAAAUCAAAUCACCGCAGAGAUCUUCAGAUUGGUCCAGAAAGAAGAAGGAGCCUCUAGGGAAAUUGGCUUCUUUAUUUAAGCUAAUUGUGAAAGUCAUCGAUACUUUCCACACUCUAAGCCUCAAGGAAACAUUCUCUGAUACACUGCUUGCUAUUGGUAACUCUAUCAUUAGCAUGCUUUCCAAUGUAUUUGGACAUAUUUCCUUGCCCUCUAUGAUCCGAGAAAUAUUUGCAACUUUUACAAGACCUCUGGCUUUACUGUAUGAAAACUCAAAGCUGGAUGAGGCUCCUAAAGUGUAUACUAGUCUGAACAACAAGUUAGAAAAGCUAUUGGGAGAAAUUGUUGCAUGCCUACAGUUCAGCUAUCUUGGAGCCUAUGACAGUGAACUUCUUGAACAUCUUUCUCCACUCCUGUGCGUAAUAUUUCUUCACAAGAAUAAACAGAUUCGGAAACAGAGUGCUCUGUUGUGGAAUGCCACAUUUGCUAAAGCGACAGCUCUGGUUUAUCCUGAGGAAUUAAAACCAAUAUUAAGACAAGCCAAACAGAAAAUUUUGCUUCUGCUGCCUGGUUUGGAAAAUGUUGAAAUGAUGGAUGAGUCCAGUGAACCGUAUUCAGAAUCAACAGAGAAUUCACAAUUAAAUGUCAAGAUAAGUGGCAUGGAAAGAAAAUCAAGUGGAAAAAGAGAUUCCAUUUUGGCACAUACAAAGGAUAAAAAAAAAAAAGUGAAACUGUCGGCCAAACUGAAACUAGAAUCUUCAUCUCCAAAAAUAAAGAGUGGUAAGCUUUUGGAAGAGGAAAAGUCUACCGACUUUGUCUUCAUUCCUCCAGAAGGAAAAGAGACAAAGGCAAGGGUUCUAACUGAGCAUCAGAAAGAAGUACUCAAAACAAAACGGUGUGAUAUUCCUGCCUUGUAUAAUAAUCUGGAUGCUUCACAGGACACUUUAUUUUCUGCUCAGUUUAGUCAAGAAGAAUCAAUGGAAAGCCUCACUUUAACUGAAAAACCAAAAGAAGAUGCCAAGAUAAUUAAGGAAGAGCAAAUGGAAAGUACUAUUUUCAUCCAUCAAGAUGCCCCGGAGAACUGUGGAAUAGAUGAACAUUCUGAGAAUGCUUCUUUACCAAAUUGUGGUGGCUCUGUUGCUGAAACCAAUCCAGAAACAUUGAUCACUGGUUUUGAUGCUAGAAAAGAAGUAUUAAUUUCAUCAAAGAUAUUGUCUGCUGAAAGUUCAUCUAGUACAGAAACUUCGGUGGUCAGCAGUAGUUCAGUUUCUAAUGCCACUUUUUCUGGAACUCCUCCACAGCCUACAAGUCGGAGACAAACCUUUAUUACUUUGGAGAAAUUUGAUGGCUCAGAAACUAGACCUUUUAGUCCAUCCCCCUUGAAUAACAUAUCUUCCACUGUUACAGUGAGAAAUAACCAGGAUAACACAACUAACACUGACAUGCCACCAAAAGCAAGGAAAAGAGAAGUGACGAACUCAAAAUCUGAUUCAGAAAAUUUAGCGAAUGCAGGUAAGAAAUCAAGUCGGAGAUGGAGUAAAGCUGAGCAGUCAGUUACUAAAAAGUCUAAGCCAUCACUGACAUCUGAACAGGAAGAGCACUCAUCCGAAAAUAACUCUCCUGAUCUGCUCAGCCCAACAGAACAUGUGUCAGAAAAUGAUGAUCAUCCUUCUGAAGCUACCCUAGAGCAUAAAGAUGGAGAUCCUAAACCAGCAGUAGAAAAUGCUUCAUUGGAAGACUUAACAACAGAAGAGAAAAAUGUAGGCAUUAAUAUGGAAUCUAAAGAAAGUACAGCCUCAGUUGUAGCACGAACAGAACAAAUAGUAAAUGAAGAUAGUCAGGCUGCUGCACUAGCCCCAAAUCCAAAAACACUCCGACGGUCUUCGAGGCGGCGUUCAGAAGCUGUAGAUUCUUGCAGUGACAGCCAAGAGAGAGAGAGUGGUCAGCAAAAAAAGGAAAGACGAAAGGAAGAAGAAAAAAUAAUCUCCAAGAGUCCGUUGCGUAUCAAAGAUGAUAAGUUGCCCACGCAAAAACUAACUGAUGAGUCACCUAUACAGGAAAAUUUAACUGAAAAGGGAAAUACUUUACCUGAGAGAACUUCAGGGGAACCCAGUGUUAAUGCUGAAAUUGACCAAAAUAGAAGAAAACCAGACCUUGAGAAUGUUAGUUCUGAAGGAGGUGGUGGUACCCUGGACAAUCUAGACAAGUCGUCUGAGAAACCUUUAAGAGGACGGACACGUUAUCAAACAAGAAGAGCUUCGCAGGGUUUGAUUUCUGCUGUUGAAAACUCAGAAUCUGACAGUUCUGAGGCAAAGGAAGAAGUUUCUAGAAAGAAACGAUCAGGGAAAUGGAAAAAUAGAAGCAGUGACAGUGUUGACAUUGAAGAACAAGAAGAAAAAAAGGCUGAAGAGGAAGUUAUGAAAACUGCAAAUCAGACACUCGAUGGCCAGGCAGUUCCUGAUGUUGAUGUAAAUGCAGCGGCUCAGGUUUGUGAAAAAAGUACAAAUAACAACAGGGUCAUCCUCCAGGAUUCUGCUGGGCCUGCAGAUUCACUGCAAGCUCCACCCAAAGGCGAGGAGAAAAGUAAGAUUAACAAAUGUGUAGACAGUUCAUUUGUAAGUCUACCUGUGCCAGAGUCAAACCUCAGGACUAGGAAUGCCAGUAAGAGAUUAUUAUAUAAACAAGAUAAUGAUAGUAAUGUGAGGGUAUCAGACAGCUCUCUGUCUCCCGAAAAAUUCACCCAAGUUGAAUGCCAACACAAGAGAAGUAGGAGAGUCAGGAGAUCUAAAAGUUGUGACUGCUGUGGCGAAAAAUCACAGUCCCAGGAAAAGUCAUUUAUUGGGUUAAAGAACACAGAAAGUUAUGCUAUAAAGAGUGUGGAGAAAAAAAAGACAGAUCUACAAGUACCUGAGACUGCCCCUGAAACUCGUGAAGCUCGUGACCAUGCUGAAACAAAGUUGGCAGGCGAAGAGCCUCUUGUGAAUUUUCAUGUGGGUCUUAAAGAAGAGAAUUGUACUACUGGUGAUUCAGUUAAGUCUGAGGCUGAGUUGCAAGAAGCUUCCCUUCCACCUGAAAUAGUAACUGUGAAAGAGAAGACUUACGAUACAGACGCUAGUGAAGCAGUGUCUGAAAUCCAAGGGCCAUGUAGUGAGAACCACAGCCCUGCUGAGGACCCAGGCUUAAGUGAGUGCAAAGACAUUUCACAGAAGCAGCUUUCAGAGAACGGAGAGCUUGACAUCAGCGAUGUAGGGAAGGCAUGCAAAGUCAUAGCUGGGUCCAGUCCAGAGGGAGUUGAAACUAUGGAAUUAAAUGUAAGAAAUGAUGCAUUUGUAGCUGCUGACUCUGAAAAGAGUACCCAAAUGGAUGUUUCUGUAGAUGUGGCAACAGAGGAAGAUAAUAAAAAAGAUGAAUGUGAAGCAGUCACAACUGAAGUGAAUGUUGAAGGAGUAGCCACUGAGGACUUUAAUUCAGGUAUGGAUCUUUCUGAUACUCCCAUACCUGUAAGCAAGGAUGUUGAGACUGAGCACGCAGCUAGUGGGGAAAUAGAGGGGGAGAGCAAUGAAUCUGAUUCAGGCUCAUGUGAGGAAAUGAACAAAGAAAUGGGAAGUCACAAAGCCCAGAUGAGCACUGAAAUUGACAGUGCCAGGGUAAAGGAGACGGACAUACUUGCCAGUGCCUCUAAAUCUGAAGAAGCGCUGAUUGGAAGACUAGACGUCAACACCCAGAGCUUUGUUAGUGACAUUGAAAUGAGUUCUGGAGAAAGAACUGUUAAUUGCAAAACUGAGACAUCCAUUGAACUUAAUAAAUUAGAUGAAGCAAAAUUAAGUGGCAAUGAAGCUACAGUGGGAAAUGAUACUCUGCAGGAAGUUUGCUUUACUUCAGAGAAAGUGGAGAAAUUACCACAGUGUCUGCUAGUUCAAGUGGCUUCUGAACUUGGAGCAGAAAGCAAUACUACGUCUCCCGAAAAGUUAGAGCUGGAUUCUUUUGGAUCAGUAAAUGAAAGUCCUAGUGGUAUGCAGCAGGCACGUUGUGUCUGGUCACCUUUGGCUUCUCCAUCCACAAGCAUUUUAAAGAGAGGACUAAAAAGAUCCCAAGAAGAUGAGAUCUCACCAGUUAACAAGAUUAGACGUGUCUCGUUUGCAGAUCCAAUAUACCAAGCAGGAUUGGCAGAUGACAUUGAUAGGCGUUGCUCUGUUGUUAGAUCUCAUUCUUCAAAUAGCUCUCCCAUAAUAAAAAGUGUUAAAACUUCACCUACUUCACACUCUAAGCAUAAUACCACUUCAGCCAAAGGAUUUCUGUCCCCAGGAUCACAGAGCUCUAAAUUUAAGAGCCCAAAGAAGUGUUUAAUUACAGAAAUGGCCCAAGAAUCCAUGCUGUCCCCAACAGAAAGUGUUUACCCAGCUUUGGUGAACUGUGCAGCAUCAGUUGACAUCAUUUUACCUCAGAUUACAUCAAAUAUGUGGGCAAGAGGUCUUGGGCAACUCAUCAGAGCCAAGAAUAUAAAAACCAUUGGGGAUUUGAGUACGCUUACGGCAUCUGAAAUAAAAACUCUGCCUAUCCGUUCUCCAAAGGUGUUUAAUGUAAAAAAGGCCCUCAGAGUAUACCAUGAGCAACAGAUGAAAUCUCGUGGACUUGAAGAAAUUCCAAUUUUUGAUAUUUCUGAGAAGGCAGUAAAUGGAGUGGAGAGCAGGACUGUCUCCACGGAUGAAGAAAGGUUCGCCUCAGAUUUGAUUGAACCUGUGACCCUAGAUACCCCAUUGUCUAAAAAUCUUGUGGCACAAAUUAGUGCUCUUGCUCUUCAACUGGACUCAGAAGAUCUCUACAGUUACACUGGAAGCCAGCUAUUUGAAAUGCAUGAAAAACUUGGUACCAUGGCAAACUCUAUAAUAAGAAAUCUACAGUCACGUUGGAGAUCACCAGCCCAUGAAAAUUCUUAGUAUUUUAAGAGAAAUGUAAAGUUUUUUCACCAUCAGAUUUUAUUUUUUGGCUUUUAGAAAUAUUCACACCAUUUAAAGAGGACACUUUGUAAAAUUGAUAAAAUAAUCAAAUCCUGAAAGGUAAUGAAUUACUAGGUCAUUUUUAUAAGUUCAUUAGAUCUUCCCUACUGUAUUUUCUUGGCCAGUACACAUAGUUUUUUAAGAAGUUUAAAUGUUACUGAAACUUGAAAGCAAAAGAGAUAUACAUACCUUUUUUUUUUCAUGCUUUAAUUCAUGCAUAUUUUGGUAUAGCUCAUGUAAAAGAUUUUAAUUAAGAUAGAAGAAAAGUUUUAUUUACACUUUAUUGAGUUGACAGAGAUGUUUAUACUCUUUCAAAAUAUUUAUAUUUGUUGUGCCUGGUGGAACACCUGUACUGAGAUGCAAAAGAAUGAGAACAUUUCCUGAAGAUUACAGCUGUAGAAAAUCUUUGAAAUAUCAAGUUUCAACUUGUGUGUUAAAAUAAUAAUGCUUAAUUCACUAAGAUUCUGUUCAUUUUGCAUUGACAAAUACUUGUGCAGCAGCCUUUGUGAAAAUGUGUUCUUAUGAAGGUAUAGUGUUCAACCUUAAAUGCAUGACUCUGUAUAUUAUGUAUAGAAGACAAUGUUUUUUAAUUUAUAAAGUUCAGCCUUCAUUAAUCGCAUGGGUUUUUCUGCAGCUUUUUGUGAAUACUAUUGUUUUGUGUAAUAGAAACAUUUGUAUAUAUUUAAUAUCAAAAUAUCCAUGUGGAUAGUAAAAGUACUUCAUUGGACCUACUGUGGAUAUUUGUAGGAGUCUUUAUCUACAAAUAAAGCAACAGAUAGUUUUGUAUUUAGUUAAAACAUGAGUUUAUUUUCUCAAAUGUCCAGAAUAAUUAAAAUUAUUGGAACCAGCAAAUGUUACAUACCACUGCCUUUUUUCUUAUGGUUUGGAAGAGGAUCCCAGCCACUAGAAAAUGUGCCUCCCUCAUAUUUCUUCUUAAUGGAGAGUUACCCUGGAUAUUUUCAUUGCAAGUGUACUAUAAACUGUCUGUAGAGAUAAUUGGUUUUUCACAUAUUUUGAAGACUAAACGUGGAAGAAAUUGGAAACUGCCAUUUUUUUAUAUGUACGUUUUUGUUGAGUUAAAAAAUUAGGAUAUAUAAUUAAACCAUUUGUAAAUUUCACCAAGUAGUUAGUGCCUGCCUUCACAUAUUUGUUUCAUGGGUUUUGUUUGUUUUGUUUUUCGUUCUUGAGAUACAGUCUCUGUACGUAGCCCAGGCUAGCUUUACUUCCGUGAUCCUCCUGCCUCUGCUGUCAGAGAUCUGGAGUUGCCGUUGUUUGCCACUAUGCUUGGCUAUGUCUCCCCAAGGGUAUAUUUUGCUUGUUUUCUGAGUAAAAUUAGUGAGUGAGCUUAGUUUCAAACUUAACCUCUGCUUAGAAAGACACUGCCAUUUUAAAAUAAAUAAAGCCGGUGCCAUUUUUUAGUUUAAGGUCUCCCUUUUUCCAGCAGAGACCCCCCCCCCCGCCCUUCGUAAAUAAAGUUGGUGUCACUUUGCAUAAGCAUAAAUCAUUACAGAUAUUUUGGAAAUAAGUGUGUUCACCUACAAAGAGGGCCAUAAAGAAUCUGGGAUUGUUGCACCAAGGACCUAGGAGACCGUAACAAACAAGAAAAAGCCUAGUGUUUAAAACAAUUGAUAAUGGUGGUUUGCAUUGUCAGGCCACUGUAUUUAAGUACUGAGGUGUGCGUGAACACCUCAGAAUAUAGUGAAUGGGAGUGAUUAGCAAGGAGAAUGUGGAUGGAUGGAUGGCUCAUUGCACAAACUGCAUUCUUUUAACUCUGGUUUACUCACUUGUAGGCAUAGCAAAGUUCUUAGGGAGUUCAAAGUUCAGCAGGAAGGGUGGCAAAUAAAUGAUUUGCUUAAAUUCCUGAAUUUAAUAACAGCAUAUAUCUGAGUGAAGCCAUAGCUCAGUGAGAUGGUGUUUUACCAUCAGUUUAUUGAAUCUUUGUUAUUUUUAAGGUUGAGUCGCCUUCUUUUCAGUAUUCUUGGCUUUGCUUUUUUUUCUUCUGUCUGUUAAUUCCUAAAAUAACAAAGAACAUUAAUAUUUCUGAGUUGACACCAAAGAAUUGUUUUACUAUUACAUGGAACCCCUUCAGUUCUUUUCUAAUGGUUACUUUUUGUUGUUGUUGUUUUGUUUUUUCUUUCUUUUUUUUUUUUGUUUUUUGUUUGUUUGUUUUUGUUUGUUUGUUUGUUUUUUGUUUGUUUGUUUUUUGAGAUAGGGUUUCUCUGUGUAUCCCUGGCUCUCCUGGAACUCACUUUGUAGACCAGGCUGGCCUGGAACUCAAAAAUCCGCCUGCCUCUGCCUCCCAAGUACUAGGAUUUUAGGCGUGCACCACUACGCCCGGCUUCUAAUGGUUAAUUUUUUAAAAACGUUGAAAUAUUGGCUUUCAGCUGUGAUGCCCUAUUAUAUAUAUUUAAGCAAUAAAUCUAGGGCUGGCUAGAUGGCCCCGUGGAUGCAGUGCUUUCCUCCCAUCCUGGUUAUGUCUUUGAGUGCCAUUCUUGAUACAUGCACAUGGUGGAACGAUAGUGGUCCUUUGACCUCUGUAUGUACUUGGUGCACAUGUAUAUGCACACACAAAUAUGUAAUUUAAAUUUUUAAGAUUUUUAUUUUCUGUGCAUGAUUAUUUUGCAUGUAUGGAUAUGUACCAUGUACAAGCCUGGUGCCUGUGACAGUCAGAAGAAGCCACCUAAUCCCUAGAAACCAGAGUUAUAGAUAAGCAUGAGCUACCUUGUAGGUUCUGGGAAUCAAACUUGGGUUUUCUGAAAGAACAGCAAGUGUUGUUAAUUGCUGAGCAAUCUUAAUCCUUUUUUAAAAGACUCUGUAAAGUGUAUAAUUUUUUAUGUCUUUGAAUAUAGUUGAUUUUCAUGUUCAAACUGAGUUCAUUAGUAAAGAUGCCAUCUGUUUCAGCAAGUUAAACUACUACUGAGUACUGCAGGGUCUUAACGCUGCAUUUCAAAUAGUGGUGAUGGAUCUAAUUAAUAGGGCUAAUACAGUUUGUAAAUAGAAUUUAAAUCUAAAGAUUAAAAGCAUGGUUGUUGAAUGACGUUCUUGGACUCUUAGUACAACUUAAAGGUAGCCAGAAACUCCCAUAUUUAAGGGUCACUAGAAUGUCAAUAAUUUAAAAUCUUAAUUGAAGGCUGAGGCAUAUGACAUCUUUGUGCUGAGGUCAACCUGGUCUACAGAAAAGAACCUGUUUAAAACCCAAUUAAUCUGGGGGGAAAAUAGGGUCUUAGAAACACAUUUAAGUUAAUGUUCUAUUCCGCAAAUAAUAGCUGAAGAGUUUUAUUUGGUCUAAGAUACACAUAUUAAAAUGAUAAAGUAUUGUUUCUGAAGUCAGUGGAAAUAUUUAACAUGCUUCCAGACUUGACUGAUUAAGAGUCAGGUUUCAUUUGAUUAUUUGUAGUUGAUUUCAUAGGUAGUUUGUCAGGUCCACGGGCUGUAGAACAAUUGUGGGCAUUGUUGUGGUGACAUUUGACUGGGGCAGAAGCCUGUUUUUAUUACCAAAACUCUAGCUCAGGCUGGCCUGCAACUCAGUCUCAAACCCUCUUGUUUCAGCCUCCCAAAUGUUUUUUCAACAUUUCAUAGGUAUCUUAAUUUUGUGGUGUCUGAUAACUUAGUUCUGGUUAUGUUUUUGUUGUCCCUGGCUUUAUAUAUUGCUCUUUGGUAGUAUCCAUUAAAGUCCAUGUCCUUUAAGUUUAAGAUCUGUAAUUCCUUUUAACAGUGCUCUUACUAGCUAUGGAACUUCACUGAGGUCUUAGAAUAGAUGAUGUUAUAAUUUUGUCACAACAUUUCUUCCUGAGGAUAAAAACCUUUCUUCAAUGAAAAGAAAUGACCUGACCUAAGAUGCUAAAAAGAACAACCUCUGUCAUGUAGCUUUUAUGCUUCAGUUAUAGCAGAGUGGAUGUUGUCUUUGUUAAUUUGUAAUUGGGUAGAGAACUAACUUUUUAACAUUAAACACAUAUGCUUAUUAGUGCACAGGGAAGUGAUAGAGUGAGGGGGAAUCAGGUGGGCUGAAUUUGAUUUUGAGGCAAUCUCACAUUACCCCCAGCUGUCAUCAAACUUAGGACAAAUUAGGCUGGCUGACCUCUUGCAGAGAUCUGUUUGCCUCCAACUUCCCUAUGUAGGCAUUAACAGUGUGUACUACCAUAUGACACUCCCUUAGCCAAAAAUUUGAUGAUAAAACCUUUUGGUGGAAGAACAAGCAAUCCUGUAGUUAGAAAAUAGUGGUUGGCUUGGAAUGCUUCUCUGUCAUGUAUAACACUACCUUUUCCCAAUUAAUAUGAUUAGUUUAAAAUAUAUAGUCAGGUGUGUGGUAAGCAACUUAUCUAAUUCUAGCCUUGUGGGGUAGAGAGCAAGAGUUCAAGGCUGGGAAAACUAUUUUGUACAUAGUUUAAUAAGAAAUGUCUAAAGCAUUUUAGUUUUUAUAGAAUAAGACUUUUCAAAAAAACUGGAAUUGAGUAUAGAAACCAAAGUAUAGUAGGAGAACUUAGUCACUACAGCACAAUGCAAACGAUGCCUUACCUUUUGUGUUUUUGUGUUUGUGUGUUUGUUUUGCCUGUGUGCACCAUGUGCAUGAUGUGCCCACAGACGUCAGAAAAAGGGCAUAUCUUCUGGAAUCUUCUGGAACUUAACAGUUCCAGAAGGUUGUGGUGGUAGGAAUUGAACCUGGGUCCUCUAGAAGGGCAGCCAGUGCUCUUAGUUACUCCGGCCCCACUUUCUCUUAUUUUAAACCAUUGGGAAGAAUUUUUUAUAAGUAUUUUGAAGCAAAGGAAGAAAUAGUUCUAUAUUCUUAGUAUCCAGAAUUAGUUGUAUUGUGGCAGUCAGGCUGUGUUUGGCUGCUUUCCUAAUUUGGUGACAGUUAAGUAAUCUGAAAUUAGCCUACCGUCCUCAAGUAUUUAUUUGUCUCUUAAUUUAAAAGUUUGUCAGUCCUUUUAACAGGAUAAUUUUAUUCAUGUUUGGUAUGUGGUCAAUUUAGUUACUGCUAGACUGGUCUGAACGCCUUUCCUAUUAGCCAUAAAAGUUUGCCUUUAUAAGAUAGUCAUGGUUGUGAUUGCUUUACUGGUGUUCUAAUACACAUAUAGUAUGAAACAACUACUUAUUUUUGGUGAGUUAGUUGCUUUCAGUCCAUUUUAAACACUGUUCUGCUAAUAGCCUUAACAAAAUAUGAACUAGUCAUUUGUUAAUAUUUUGCUGCCCUUGGUGAAAGUUUAGUUUAUACUGAAAGUAUAUUUGAUGAGAUUCUCUAAUUUUAAGUUACAAUUUAACAGAAAUAUCUGUUAAUUAUAUUAAUAACACUAGUACCUGAGAAAUAAGGGCACCAUUCUAAGGGGUUGUAUUAUUAACAGUCUUGGGAACAAGCAGCUUCCUUAGUAUGUCGGGCACAUGAUUGUUGAGAACGUUUGCUUCAGAGUAAAAUUUCUCAUGUGUAAUUGGGAGUUGGCUGUAGUCAUUUGCCAUUUGAGACUGAUUAUUUUUAAAUGUACUUUUAUUUAAAAUAAAAGUAUAACUUAUU